AUGGACUUCCGGCAAGUGCUAGCCCUGGCUCGCAAGCGGGACCAUCUGAUCCACCGGUACUUUGACGGUGAUCCCUCCCCAUGGCCAUGGGAACCACCACCACCACCACAACUGUCGCUGAAGCUGACUAACGCUGUCGCCAAUUAUGUCAAUAGCAGUGGCACCCGCCAACCAUCACUACGAAAACCUCACAAAAAUCAUAUGCCGCUGGUGGCUGACCUUGUAUGUCAUUUGAGGCUCCUUCGGGCUUUUGACGUGUGCAAGAAAACGGUACUUGGCGCCGACGACAGCGAUGAGCUAACCCGAGAUAAACGGUGGCAGAUCUAUGUGCUGAACGCUGUACGCCGGUUUACCGUAUUUGUCAGGGCUGUCCACAAGUUUUCCGCCAAAGAUCAUGUUCGCUGGUUUUUAGAAGACGAUGAGGAGCUGAGGUUUAGGGAAGGUAUCCGAAAAGAUCGCAACUUCAUGAACCGCAUGGUGGCCAUUCUACCUCCAUUGGACGUAGUGAUGGUGUGGCAUGCCUUUCUCCUUAUGCCCCGAACGAUGUAUGAUCAUUUCAUGCGUAGUCAGUUUACGCAAUUUGCCAUGUUUCCUUUACCACUAAGGCUCAUCAGCAAUGCCAUCGAUAACGAUACGUUCAUUUACGACCCUGCCAUCCAUUUCAAACAAACGUAUCAUACCGUGGUGCUGAGCUAUACCGACAAUUAUCGCGAUCUCAUUUACCAUAUCGAUAAACUUGACCAAUGCCAGCAAUUGGUGGAUGUGUUCUGCCCUGUAUGUCACGAGAUACUUGUGGAAAACGUUUCCUGGACUCUGAAUGAUAACACAGGUUUCUGUGACCUGGGAUUUGUCCAUGCCAUCAGCCUAUCUUAUUGCAAGUGUUUCCCCACUGAAAAAAUCGUUAACCACGAUUUGUUACGACGACGACAGCUCUACGCCGACAUUCAUCGAACUACCGCAUUAGCUGGUAGUUAUAAGUAUUUCUCCAGCAUCAUCAGUCCUCGUGAGUUCCGCCACCGUGACGUCAACGCCAUCAACGACAAUUUGAAAGAAACUUUAAGGCGGAAGCUAGCAAAGUUAAAGCGGAUGCUGCUCACAGAAUUCGUUGAAAGUCUCAAUUCGCUGCGUCAAGGCCACAAGCUUAACCUUCUUCUCCGCAAUUAUCUCUUGAUGAACCCCAUACAUUGUACAAUACCAGGAGAAGGUUUUGAAGUAUGGGAAGAUUUGGUGGGCGCAGUACUACGUCAAGAGAGAUUCACCCAGGCAAUGAACGAUAUCGACUGGCUUCAUCAGGACCAAAUAUCGCAUGGGUUAAAAGAGCUGAUCAAGCGCUAUGCCCGCUUCUUCUCUUUAAUCACUCACUAUGACCAGCAACAAAUUCUAGUACCAACGCUCGAUAUUGAUUUGGUAUGGCACACCCACCAGCUCCUGAUGGCGUUCUAUUUCGAGGAUUGCAUGCAUGCUGGCUCGGGGUGUGUCGUUGACCAUGAUGACAAAGUCGAGUCAGCCCGUCUUGACGGAGGGUUCACCGCUACAGCAAAACUCUACCGCUCACACUUUAACGAGUCCUAUCUGCUGUGUUUCUGUAAGUAUUGUGUGGGCUGGCGCCAGCAACGACGAAGACGUUGGUCUCAAGUAAUUAUUGGUGGUCGAGAAGAGAAUAUAGUGGGACCACCAGAUAAUACCCAUAUCUCCAUUCAUAACGCCGUUGAGCUUCCCCUGUUACUGGCAUCAAUGCAACGCCAACAAGUGAGACGUCGGUAUCAGGACUCAGUCACAUUACCGUGGGAGGAUCAUGAGUUACUUUAUUACGGGAACAAUCCUAAGCAAUAUGUGGUGCCACCAACAGCACCGUUUCUGGGAGAAAAUAUCCAUGUCUUCGGCAACGGUCUCUGUUGUACAGUCCGGGACUACGGGCCUGCUUGA